AUGGCUACUGAACAGCGCGCUCCCCUUCGUCUGGGCUCGACUGCCCCCAACUUCGAUGCCCAGACCUCCAACGGUCCCAUCAACUUCCACGACUACAUUGGCGAUAGCUGGGCCGUCCUCUUCUCCCACCCUGAUGACUUCACUCCCAUCUGUACCACCGAGCUCGGUGCUUUUGCUAAGCUCGAGCCGGAGUUUACUGCUCUCGGCGUCAAGCUCAUUGGUCUGAGCGCCAACAACGUCGACUCUCACCACGUCUGGAUCAAGGACAUUGACGAGGUCACUGGCUCCAACCUCAAGUUCCCCAUCAUCGCCGACGCAGAUCGCAAGAUUGCCUACUUGUACGACAUGCUGGACUACGAUGACAUCACCAACGUUGACCAGAAGGGCCUCCCUCUGACCGUCCGCACCGUUUUCGUCAUCGACCCCAAGAAGAAGAUCCGUCUCACCCUGACCUACCCGGCCUCUACCGGUCGUAACACCGCCGAGGUGCUCCGUGUUGUGCAGGCACUCCAGACCACCGACAAGAAGGGCCUUACUACUCCUAUCAACUGGCUCCCCGGUGACGACGUGGUCAUCCCGCCCAGCGUGUCCACUGAGGAUGCCGUGAAGAAGUAUGGCGAGGAGAACGUUCGCAUUGUCAAGCCUUACCUCCGUUUCACCAACGUCGGCAAGUAA